UGCUUAUUCAGUUUGUCUUGCGUCGCAGAGCUGGUUUAACGUCAUAUCAAGCGUAAGGGAAAAUAAAAAACACCGGUUCAAGUCUAUCACCAAACGUUUUAGUGUCAGAUUAUUUUGUAGUAAUUGAAUUCGUGACUAAAAAAGAAUAAGAAAAGAUGUCAAAAGCUGAGAAUCUCGAACAAGUGUUUGUAGAUGAUCCGUGGUUGAAUCCAUAUAAAGGAGAAAUUCAUCGCAGACAUGGCAUCGUCAAAGAUUGGAUACGUCGCAUUGAUGAAUCGGAAGGUGGACUCGAAAAUUUCUCACAGGGUUACAAAUAUUUUGGGAUUCACAUUCAACAUGACAAUUCUGUGAUUGUUCGAGAAUGGGCGCCAGCAGCACAAGCUCUCUAUUUGACUGGUGAUUUCAAUGGAUGGCAAUGGUUGUCACAUGAAUUUAAGAAGCUUCCAUUUGGUAAAUGGGAACUAUUGUUGCCACCGCGUGAAGAUGGAUCGUGUCAAAUCAAGCAUUUGUCUGAAAUAAAAAUCAUUGUUCGGACACAAAGUGGACAACUUGUUGAUCGUUUAUCGCCCUGGGCUAAAUAUGUCGUUCAACCACCGAAAACAGCUGGUCAAGGCACCAACUACAAACAAUAUGUUUGGCAUCCACCAGGUCACACAAAAUAUCAUUUUCGUAAUAAACGCCCAAAGGUUCCACGCUCGUUAAGAAUCUACGAAUGUCAUGUUGGAAUUGCAACUGAGAAAUAUGAAAUUGGAAGCUACCGCAAUUUCGCCGAUGAUGUCAUACCGAGAAUCGUUCGUCAAGGAUACAAUGCAAUUCAAGUUAUGGCUAUCAUGGAACAUGCUUAUUAUGCUAGUUUUGGUUAUCAAGUUACAAGUUUUUUCGCUGCUUCAUCACGUUACGGAACACCUGACGAUUUAAAAUACAUGGUCGACACUGCACAUAAGCACGGACUCUACGUGAUGUUGGACGUGGUUCAUUCUCACGCUAGCAAGAAUGUUCAAGAUGGAUUAAAUCAGUUUGAUGGUACAAAUGCUUGUUUCUUCCAUGAUGGAGGACGUGGCGAACAUACACUUUGGGAUUCGCGUUUAUUCAAUUACAAUGAAUUUGAAGUUUUGAGAUUUUUGAUUUCAAAUUUACGUUGGUGGUAUGAUGAAUAUUUCUUCGAUGGUUUUAGAUUUGAUGGUGUCACGUCAAUGCUUUAUCACUCGCAUGGCAUUGGUGAAGGAUUCUCCGGACAUUAUGACGAAUAUUUCGGUUUGAAUGUUGAUACUGAAUCUUUUGUUUACUUAUCAUUGGCAAAUAAAAUUCUUCAUGACUUGGAUCCAAAUGUCAUAACCAUUGCUGAAGAUGUCAGUGGAAUGCCAACACUUUGCAGAACAUUCAAUGAAGCUGGAGGUGGUUUUGAUUAUCGUUUGGGAAUGGCGAUACCCGAUAAGUGGAUUAAAGUUUUGAAAGAAGAGAAGGAUGAAGAUUGGAACAUUGGGAACAUUAUUCAUACAUUAACUAAUCGCAGAUGGAAGGAGAAGACAAUCGCAUAUGCUGAAUCUCAUGACCAAGCUCUUGUUGGCGAUAAAACUUUAGCAUUUUGGUUAAUGGACAAGGAAAUGUACACACACAUGUCAACAUUAUCGGACCAAUCUUUAAUCAUUGAUCGUGGAUUGGCUUUACAUAAAAUGAUUCGUUUGAUUACGAAUGGUCUUGGUGGGGAAGCUUAUUUGAACUUCAUUGGGAACGAAUUUGGUCAUCCAGAAUGGUUGGAUUUCCCUCGUAUUGGAAACAACGAAUCAUUCCAUUACGCACGUCGUCAGUGGAGUCUCAUUGAGAAUGAUCUUCUCAAAUACCAAUUCUUGAAUAAUUGGGAUCGUGCAAUGAAUUUCGCUGAAGAGAAAUACGGUUGGUUAUCGACAAAUGACGCUGGUUUCGUUUCAUGGAAGCAUGAAGAUGAUAAAGUCAUUACUUUUGAUCGUUGCGGUCUCGUGUUUGUGUUCAACUUUCAUUAUAGCAAAAGCUUUACAGAUUACAGAGUUGGUGUCGAAUAUCCCGGAGAUUACAAAAUUAUUUUGAAUUCUGAUGCACCUGAAUAUGGAGGAUUUAAUCGUGUUGAUUCAACGAAAGUUCAUCAAACCUUCCCUGAAGGCUAUGCUGGUCGUCGUAAUCACAUGUGUGUUUACAUCCCGUCUCGAACUGCUUUCGUGUUCGCUAAAGUUUAAUGAAAAGUCGUCGAUAAAAUUUCAUUUAUUUUCUAUUGAAAUAAUUUUUCUAUGUUGGUUUUGAAAACAUAAUAAUAAAAUUAAAUAAACAUAAGA